AUGCAGGUCCACCCCUCGAGGUUGCAGAACGUUCCCGAAGACGACCAGCAGCACUCCCGCCCGCGCGCAAGCGACUACCACUCUCCUCCUCGACACCAGACUCCCCCGCACCUCGCACGCCGCGACGACCGCGAUGACCGCUAUGGAGGCGACAGGAGGGAGCGCAGGGCGUCCCCGGCGUACGGCGAAUACAACGACCCGGCUGCCAGGCGGGAGAGGGAGGAGCAGGACUAUCGUCGCGAACGGGAGGCUAUGAGGCGGGACCGUGAGGCGGCAGAGGAUGACCGGGAGAGGCGGGCUGUCGAGCGAGAGUACCAGCGUGGAGGAGGGCGAAUGACGCCUGAGCGGGAACUGGGCUACGGACCACGCGGUGGACGCGGAGGUGACUCGGGAUACGGAGGAGGAGGAGGGUAUGGCGGGCGACCGCGGCCAGGCGGACGAGACGACUUCUUCGAGGCUCGCCGCAAGGAGCGCGAGAACUCGAACGUUACGAUUUGGCCUCCCUCCCCUCGCACGCCUGAACCCGAGGACGACGGCACCAAGUCGCGCAAGUCCAAGUCGUCUCGCCGCGACCACAAAUCCUCCUCCUCCCGCCAUCAUCGUUCUUCCCGCCACAAGAGCCGUCACUCGGACAACUCGAGCGACAGCGAUGACUCUGCCGACGACGGACGAAGCAAGCGUCACCGAAGCAACCGCCACUCGUCCUCUCGCCAUCACCGCUCACAUCGUUCGAGCCACCGCGAAUCGUCUCGCCGGGACAAGGACGACAAGUCGCGCUCGCGUACUCGCUCUCCUCGACGCAGCUCGAAGCGCUCGCUUUCGCCCGUCUCGGACGAGGACGACGCUCCCUCGUCGAAGCGACACGAGCGGGACCCGAUUCCUACGUCAACUGCCGUCGCUGUCGCUUCGACUGCUCCUGGCGACACCUCACGCGCGGCUGCGGACGACGAGGAAGAAUGGGUCGAGAAGCCUGCACAAAUCGAUUACGACAUGUCCCGCUCUGACGACGAAGUCGGCCCAAUGCCGUUGACCGGCCCAGGCGCGCCGAAGAACCGCAACGCGUACGGUGGCGCGCUCCGACCGGGCGAGGGAACGGCUAUGGCAGCGUUCGUUGCGGAGGGACAGCGUAUCCCGCGUCGUGGUGAGAUCGGUCUCGAGGCGGACCAGAUCGAGCGGUACGAGUCGGCUGGGUUCGUCAUGAGUGGUAGUCGACACAAGCGCAUGAACGCCGUUCGUGUGCGGAAGGAGAACCAGGUCAUCUCGGCAGAGGAGAAGCGCGGCAUCUUGCAGUUGGCGGCAGCGGAAAAGGCGAAGCGCGAGAACGAGAUCGUCGCCUCGUUCCGCGAGAUGGUCGACUCGAAGCUCCAAGGCGGGUCUCGCUAG